AUGAGCUUUGUCUCGUCUCUUCUGAGCAAUGAUUGAAGUUUUGGGCAAGUUGCUCCGUGGUCCUGUGUUUCUAGCUGGAGAGAUUGUUGAGUGUGUUGUUACUUUUACCAACCCUCUGUCUGCAUCAUCCACCUCAGCUAGCAGUGAGACCUUAGCAUGGGCCAGUGCUCAGAUCCACUGCCAAUUUCAUGCCAGCGAGAGCCGGGUGCAGCUUCCGGCCAAUGAGGAGCCCAGACAGGACGUUCAGGCUGAAAAUGAGACGGUUUUUAUACCAAACAGAGGUGAACGUGGUCAGUGCAUUCUCUCCACACCUCCUAAAAUCCUGUUUUGUGACUUGCGUCUGGACCCCGGGGAGACAAAGUCAUAUUCCUACAGUGAGAGCCUGCCCCUUGCUGCUCCGCCCUCCUUCCGUGGCCAGGCAGUGAAAUAUGUCUACAAACUGACCAUUGGUUGCCAGAGGGUCAACUGUCCCAUCCAGCUUCUGCGGGUCCCGUUCCGAGUCUUGUUACUACCCGCCCUGCAAGGCUUCCAACCCCCUCAGGAAGAUGAAGUUGCCCCUUCUAACCCGUUCCUGGAUGUGGAGGAAGGGGGCAAGAAAGACUCGAGGCUCCUGGACUCUGCACUGGAGAUUCUCAUGGCAGUGACAUCGCGACGGACUCUCCAUCAGUACAACAUCAGUAACGCUCGAGGCAAAGUUGGAACAUUUUUCAUCUUUAAGACUGUUUACAAGAUUGGAGAAGACGUUAUUGGGACCUUUAAUUUCUCUGAAGGGGAAAUCCCUUGUUUGCAGUAUUCAGUGUCACUACAGACCGAGGAGAGUGUACAGGAGGAAUACAGGCGCUCCCGCUCCCAGCCUGCGUCCAUCAGUACUCACGCGCAGCACCAUGAAUCCUGUCUGCACACAGCCCGCAGCAACUUCAGUCUUCCGCUCCCCCUCAGCUCUUGCCCUGGAUUCACCACAAACUUCAUAUCUUUGAAAUGGCGUCUGCGAUUUGAGUUUGUCACCUCCCGAGAGCCAGUGGAAGCUCCCACCGUUCCUGAAAACCAGUCAGAAAUAAUCACUUGGACUGGGGCUGGUCACAUUGAGGUGGAUACAUUCAGUUGGGACCUGCCAAUCAAAGUUCUACCUACAAAUCCCCUUCUAGCUUCAUACGUGUCACCUGUUCCUUGCACGCACUCCAUAUGUAUCUAAUGCACACGGACCACAACUACUCUGCUAUUGACCAACAUCUGUUUCAUCAUAAUAAAAACCUAAGACUUGUUUGUAAGUGAA